GACCAAAGAUAGCACGAAUCACCAGGUUGAGAAAUCAACCUCAUUGAAUUUACGACGGUCCCUGAACGCCUCGUCAUCCUUACGGAACCACGUUAUGACAGAGUCGCUCCAGUCAGCGGUUCUGUGACCCUUCGCCGCUGUCGGAGAGUCCAGCUGGGUCUGAGGGUCAUGGCUCUGAAGCUGGUCCAGAGACUGUCGGUGGUCGGGCAGCUGGGGGUUCAUCGUGGGGUCUGCUCCACCAGGCUCCUGAGCACCAUCAGUGUGGGUCAGCCUCUCUGUGCUGGCUGCCUCUCUACCUCAGCCGGAUGCUGCAGCCGGAGACAGCGCUGCAGGACACUCCAGCAGGACUCUGGUAGAAGGAGCCUGACCACCACCAUCACCAGGGAGCCGUACUUCCUCGGCAGCAGCUCUGGUGGCCUCCACAGAGAUUCGGAACUUGGGUUCCGGAUCACCCAGCUGCACGGACCCACAGCUGCCGAGGAGCAGGAGUUCAAGCAGCGGCUAGAUAGCUGCUCCUCAUCCCGGCAGGUGUUCACACUCCUGCGCUCUUUAGGGAUCAUGUCUGACACCAUGGCUGCAGCAGCACUGCACCGUGUGGCUGAUCUGGAGCAGGCGGGGAACUCCCUGAAAGACCCUAAAGUGCUGGAGAAGGACACCAUCAGAUCUCUGUGCUAUCAGUUAGAGCAGGACUCCAGGCGGCUGACGGAUGCCGGGCUGGUGUCAGUUCUCCUGGCUUGCACUCGCCUCUUCUUGGAUCCCUGGAGCAUGUUGAUGGUGCGGCUGGUGUCUGAGAGCCAGGAGAGGUUGGACAGGGGGCAGAUGACUGUGGAGCAGCUGUGCACUCUGGGGCAAGCGAUGCUGGCUAUGGAGGGUCCCGGCUGUGUGAUGCUGAUGCAAGUGAUGGAGCAGAUCCAGAAGAAGGAGCCCUCGCAGUGGAGCAUAGAGGAUCUAAUCACCGUUUAUAGACUUCUGCAAGGUGGUGUGGCUCAGGAUGGGAAGUACCGGGACCUCCUGAACGCCAUGCACACCCACGCUGUGACAGUCACCUCUCGCAUGAACCCUGCAGCCGUCAGCGGGCUUCUUGGUGCUCUGGUGGUCCUGAAUCAGACGCAGGUCAUGCCUCUUGUGAUCAAUCUGUGCAAGCAGGCCGUGAGGCAUGUUCCUCACUUCACUGAUGAGGAGCUCACGGUUGUGCUCGGCGGCCUUAUGCACUUUGGCCACAGUGAUCAUUACUUUGUGGAGGCGAUGGAGAGGUAUGUGCCCACGAUGACCUUCACCUCCCACCCAGAGACGGUGACCAAGGUGAUUCAGUUCUUCAGCCGGAGGAACAUCCUCUCACCGACUGUAUUUGACGCUGUGGCUGAGAGCUUCGUGUACCGAGCGGACGACUACAGCACCAGCCAGGUGACCCGGCAGAUCACGGCUCUGGGGAGGCUCGGCUACCUUCCUCCCAACGCUGGCGAGCUAUUCAGGAAAGUCGAGUCCAUCCUGCGGUCACGCUUUUCACACUUCCAGCCUCGGAUGGUGCUCAACCUGCUCCACUCCUGCACCCUGGUGGAGAGGUUCCCUGUUAACUUUGUCUCCAAAGUGUUCAGCAGUUUUUUCCUCCAGCAGCUGCAAGAUCAGGGCACAGGGAUUGACCGGAUUUUCCUGGCACAGCUGACCCAGCUCUACAUGACUUUGAAGUUGGAGUGUCCUUUCUAUGAGGGUCCCAAACUCCUUCGCAAGUACCGCGUCCAGUCUUUCCUCAUGUCCGGACGCUCUCUGGAGACACCGGUCGACGCACAUCUGUACAACUCUGUGAAAACAGGGCUGGUGGAUCUUCUCGGGUCUCGUUCGUACUUUGGAUCCAAAGUUCUGACACCUUACUGCUACACACUUGAUGUGGAGAUAAAACUGGAUGAAGGGGGAUACGUGCUGCCUGCCUGUCAGAAUGAUGAGGUAUACAAAAGGAUAGCUCUUUGUAUUGAUGGGCAGAAGAGAUUCACUACAAACAAGAGGCAGCUGCUUGGAAAAGAGGCCAUCAAGCAGCGACACCUGAGGCUUCUGGGAUAUGAAGUUGUUCAGAUUCCUUUCUAUGAGUUUGAAAACCUGGAAGACAAGAGCAGUGUGGUGGAGUAUCUGCACCAGAAAAUCUUCCCUCACACUUUCAGGCUGAGCUGGUGAUGAUAAGAAUGUUCCUUCAGUGGUUUCAUCAGCAGAAUCGCUUGCCCCGAGUUUUGUCGUGAACUUUGUGUGUAAAAAAAUAAAUAAAUAAAAAAAGGAGCAUCUA